CUCAGCUCCAGCGCCUCCUCUCUUACUGUCUCUCGGUCAUGAACACCAAGCCCCGGCUGGACGGGAGCUCCGACCACCUGAAGAACCGGGAGGCUCAGGAGAUCCCCCCUCUGAGGAACUACCUCUGCCUGACCAUGUUCACCUGUUUCUGCCCCGCGUGGCCCGUCAAUAUUGUGGCUCUGGUUUUCUCUGUGCUGGCCCAAAGGAGCUAUGACGAAGAGGACUACGACGGCUCCAAGCGGCUCGGUCGGAAAGCUCUCCACCUGGGGAUCGUUUCGUUUGCUAUUGGCCUCGUGAUCGUCACCGCGCUCACCGUCGUGCACUUCACUGCGCAGGUGGCGUGAAGCUCCUGAGGAGAUCAGAUCCUCCAUGUGAAGGAGGUCUGCUCGGGUCCAGUGUUAUCGGCACUGGAGGAUCAGUUCAGUCUUUACUGCUGGUUGCAGCUGCUGUGUUAAAGAUAUUACAAUUAAACUUAUAGUUUUUGUAAUUCUAAGAUUGGAAGGAAUGAGUUUACAUACUGUGUGUCUCUAUGAACGAUUGUUUGAAAAUAUUAAUAUGUUUGUCUGUCUGUAUUAAAUAUAUAAGUAAUUUUCAUUGCAUAUUAGCAUAAACAGAUAUGUAGUGUAAAGUGUCUUCUUCCUGAAAACAUCUAAUUUAUUACAAUAAAUAAUCUAUAUUUUU